UUAAAAUUCAUAUUUCUUGCACGCCACAGCUUCUCUCCAUGCCGGGCGUGUCUCGAUUCUCCGAGAAUGGGCUCGCGCUGCCGGCCAGGCCGUCGUCAUCGCAGAAGAAGAAGAGACGGGCAAGGCAUCAGCAGCAGCAGCAGCAGGCGAGCUAUGUCCGCAAGAGUGUCACAAUGUCACGGAAGAAGAAGCGGCAGGGCAGUGUGGAGGACGCGAUGCGAGCUUAUCGAGCACAGCUUCGUCCCCUCCUUGAUGCUAUCAGGUUUGUGGAGUCGAGCAAUAGGGUGGAUUGUCCCGAUGGAGACGGUGGUGCCAGCAUUGGGCCUCUCCAGAUCUCCGAGCACUACCAUGUCGAUGCCUGGAAGAACAAGCGAGCAUCCUGGCUACGCUGCCGAGAUUUAGAGCACGCGGAGAACACAGUGGUGGCAUAUUGGAUGAGGUACUGCUCGGAAGCUCUAACACAACAUGACUGGGAAAUUCUAGCUAAGAUUCACAAUGGUGGUCCUCAAGGUCCUCAGAGAGAGAAGACAACGUAUUACUGGAGCAAGGUGUGCAGGUACCUGGAAGAGAAUCACAGGCACGUCUCUCCCUUUCCGUCGCCUGCGAGACCCGAAUGUAAGAUCUAUCCAUCAACUUCCAAGUUUACGAAUCUGGACAAACGAAUAGAAUGCAAGCUGAAGCACGGUUUGAAAGUCCUAGCUGCAGAAAGACGAUUGCCGAUUGUUAACAAGCACCCCAGGCUUCAAGUACGAAGGCUCCCUUUCACGGACAUUUCUUCCACAGCAUUAAACGUUUGCUCUUCCCGCCACGAGCCGGGGAGGCUCAUAGACGAUCUGAGCAUUCAACGUUUGGGACUGGAAUAUAGCUUCUUGAGUUCCGAGUCUGCAGUCGAACUAGACUCGGAGAACCAACCUUUGAAGCAAAGUUCCAGCGACGAUGAGAAAGGUUUCGCUACGCCAUCCGUCAAGAAGAAGGAAGGAGGAGUCGACAGGCUGCAAGAUCUUCACGAAGAAGCUGUAGAAUGUCGUAGUUCCAGCGCUCGCAACCUCGACAUUCUCUAUUCUUCUGAGUUAUCAGAACAAAAGGAGGAGGAGAUUCUUACGGAGUUGGCUCGGCUACUGCCACUGGACCUGUCGGAGUGUGUCGACAGAAGAAACGAUGAAAGCUUUGAGUUCCCUCCAGUUCCAGAGCAGGCUGACUACGCGACGCCGGUUAUGAAUCCAGACAGCCGAGCUAUGCAAGUCGCUGCUGAGAACGUUCCUGGGACUGGUGCUGAGACUGCGAUUUCCACUCCAAAGCGCAAAACCUCUGCCUCGCUUGAUUUUGAUGCAACUUUUACGCUGCUUGAGCAGCUGGAAAGACCGGAGUCCUCUCUUUCCUCGGGUGCGGAGAAGAAAUUGAUGUCCGAGCUGGCGGACUUGCUUGACUUGCCACAGGCGGCCACUCCACCGCGGCAGACGGAGCAAGAAGAAGACGAACUCGCCAAGCACACUGCGAAGCUAAGUCUUGCGGACUUUCUACUUGAGAUACCAGACCCGUCGGCUUCGAUAGAGUACGUCAAGGCCUUGUUCUCCUGCGAGAACAUCCUGCUGGAGAAGCUUUGUCACAAAGUUGGAGGUCUGGAAGAGUCACUAGAUUCCUCGGAACCAAUGCCAGUGCCACCUCCAGCUGCAAGCAUAAGAACGGAGGAGUCCCGGACAGGCAACUCUAGUUUUGGCGCCGGAUGCACUUGCCACUCUAGCGACAAUCGCUUGACAUCGUCCUUGAAGAGGCUCUGUGCAGUGUGGGAGGAGCAAGACGUCGAUCUACUGACCCGUUCCUUGAGGUUUAAGAUGCUCACUGCGAGCAGCUCUUCAUCUGAGCUUUCUACAAAAGAGGCACCGUGCAUCGCCUGGGAGAUCCACGCGUUGCAGAACAUCGACAAGAGUGCUAAGUCUCGAAGGGCUGCAAAGGAGCUUAUACAGCAGCAAAGAGAUAAGAUUUACAUCAACAUAGGCGCCUAUGCGAGCAGGAGUGAGAGGCAUCAGCUCUAUUCGGCAUGGGGGGUUCGCAGGCUAUCAACAGGCCGGCUCAAAAAGAUCGUCUACGACCUUAUGUGGAGGGAUACAAAGAGGUAUUCUCAUAGCGCUGAGCUCGUGAGCCUCUACCUCUGAGGAUCUCGAGAGAAGGUAUAUCAGCCUACUGGGCCGCAGGUAGAAAGAAUUUCGCCAUUAGUUGUUGCAUUUGCAGAAAGUGGAACUUCAAUAUUGGUUUACCAUUGAGCAAACGUUUAGUGGUCUGGAA